GGCUAUUGUUGAUACUCUUCAACUCAAAAAGAUCUGCGGGAAAAAAUGAAUACAGCUGGUUCGGUUUCAAAGGGCUGCUUUGCAUUUAAAGGCAAGAAAAAACAGGCAAAUGUUGAUGAAUAUUUGCCAGACAGCAAAAAUAUUGCUGUAAAGAAAUGUCAUCAACGGUUCAACCAGAUGUGGGAAGAGGUGUAUACACAAGUACAGAUUCUGCAGUCAGACUUCAACAGCAAUAUUUUUGAUGAGCUGUUGAAAUUUGCAGAGAAUUCCCACACUGGGUUUAGUCUCGAAGGACGUGAUACAAAAAAACUCCUGGUUGAAAUACCAGCUGCGGCCUUAGUUACGGGGGUGAAUACCCCAGACCACAGCACUAUGUUUGCAAACCUUGUGUCCAUGCUGCGGGAAAGAGUUACUCCCCUUGUCACUAUCCUGAAAUCAAAGGACUGUCAGAAUGUGAAGAGUAUCCUCAGUAGAACUUUAACUCAGCUUAUGGACAGCCAUUGUGUUGCAGACUUUGACGAUGAGGAUGAAGAUGGCACAGCUGUAAAUACCGUUAAUACCAAAUCUCUACCCUUGACUCUGUCUUCACUUGCAAAAUGGUAUCGAAACAAAUUCUUGGACCAGCCCUCAUCUCCCAAAAAGCGCAAGUCUGUUGAUGGGAAGUGUUUUGAACACAAAGCACUGCCUCCAGUUGUAAUAGUGAUGGAGGACUUUGAAAACUUCUUGCCCAAGGUCGUCCAGGACUUCCUGCUUAUUUCAAGUAACUACAUAUCUCACCUGCCCCUGGUGUUUAUAUUUGGCAUCGCCACGUCUGUGUCAGCGAUACACCGCCUCCUGCCCAAUGAAGUAUCCUCCCUGCUGUGCAUGGAAAAGUUUCAGGCCCCUCCCUCCACUGAAUACCUCACCCUAGUAAUCAACCAGAUUUUGAUGACUGCGAGGUACCCUUUCAAGCUGGGGAGAGGGGUGUUCCAGCUGCUGCUGGACAUAUUUCUCUACUACGACUUCUCCGUGCUCAACUUCAUUCAGGCCCUAAGAUUUACAAUGUUGGAGCACUACAGCAGUCAGCCCCUGAGUUACCUGUGCUGUAACCAUGACGACGUGCAGGAUGCCGUAAAGCAGACAGACGCUGAUAGCUUGGAGAGAUUACGUCAGUUGCCGUCAUUCAUGAGAUAUGUAGAAGGGUGUUCAACCAAGGAACAACCUGACUUGCUAUUGAAUGAAAAGUUCACUAAGGAGCGUGUUGUCCGCCUGAUAGAAGACAUUAACGAGUACCACACCAACUUUUUCCCGAUUCUCAGCUGCCUACAUGUCCUGGUUGGCAAGCUGCCAGGAUAUCCCCUUGGCAAACAGUUACGAGAGGUAUACUCAUUGUGUUUGGAUGUAAAUCUACAAGAGAAUGAAGACUUUAAGCACGCCAGGGAUCUCCUAAGGAUGCUUUCAAAAGAUGAGUGGAAGAACUUACUGGUGCAGUGUAUUGAGAAGCUUCAAAAUGAAUCUCAGCUCAAAGAUGUGAUGACAGAGCUAGAAAAGUUUGUCAACAGAAUAGACCAUAUUGAUGAAGUGGUAGAGGAAGAGGAGGAAUCAGAACAGCCUGCUAAUGAUGAUGCUCUGCCCUAUAGAACAUCAUUGCAUCAGUUACGGCAGAAACUUCAAGACAUGAGUAAGAAGCAGAAGAAAUUGAGUCCAUACGAAAAACUUCGUGAUGAAAUUGUGGGCUUCUAUGAUGACCUGUUUGCAAAGCAUCUGGUAUGCCCGACAAAGCUGCCACUGCACGAGAUAUUCUACUACAAUGCCACCCGACACCUGAAGCAACGUCUGAAUGCCUCCCCUCGCUCUGCCCUUCAGAUGGCCCUUAGCAAUCCCCACUACUAUCUACAGUGCCAGUGUUGUUCUCUUGAGAAGAGUGCCCUGUCAGGUACCAUGCCAGACACCUGCAUUGUCUACAAGCUGCACCUGGAGUGUGGCCAGCUCAUCAACCUGUAUGACUGGAUGCAGGUAUUUAUCAAGCUGUAUGACUGGAUGCAGGUAUUUAUCAAGCUGUAUGACUGGAUGCAGGUAUUUAUCAAGCUGUAUGACUGGAUGCAGGUAUUUAUCAAGCUGUAUGACUGGAUGCAGGUAUUUAUCAACCUGUAUGACUGGAUGCAGGUAUUUAUCAACCUGUAUGACUGGAUGCAGGUAUUUAUCAACCUGUAUGACUGGAUGCAGGUAUUUAUCAACCUGUAUGACUGGAUGCAGGUAUUUAUCAACCUGUAUGACUGGAUGCAGGUAUUUAUCAACCUGUAUGACUGGAUGCAGGUAUUUAUCAACCUGUAUGACUGGAUGCAGGUAUUUAUCAACCUGUAUGACUGGAUGCAGGCCUUUCUCACAGUUGUUCAACCAGAGGAGCAGGUGGAUGUAAAAGAGCCCAACCACAAAAUGCAAGCUCGGUUCAUUCAAGCAGUAUCACAGCUUCAGUUUCUUGGUUUUGUGAAACCAACCAAGCGGAAAACUGACCAUGUAGCAAGACUGACGUGGGGGGGUUGCUAGGACUGUUGAACUGUUGCUAAGGAGGGAUGGGGAUGCUAGAGAAAGAAUGAAAUAUUGACACCAGCUGACAAGAAUUUGACCUUAUAACAAGGCUUAAGCUUAGAUGGUUGCUUAAAAUAUUGGGGUUGCUAGAGACAUUGAACAAAACAGAAAUCAGCAAACAGAACUUAGACUGUAUACACAAAGAAGCUAUUAAAUGGUUGCUGUGAAUGAUUGAGCUAGCCUGCUAGAGAAAAUUAGGUUCAGCUAAAGUUGGUAACAAUAUCCCAUUGGAAAACAGAUCAGAGAACAAUCCUGUUAGAUAUGGAUAAGAAUAGUGCUUAUUUUGCCAUGUGCUUGCAAUUAAUCUGAUUUUCCUUAGUAUGACAGUGUUUAAUGCAUUUUGCUAAACUUGUAUAAUUAAACUUUGUGAACCUGACUUAAUUAUAGACAUUAAUUUAUUGUUUAAAAAAAGCUUCAUUACAAACAAUACCUAAUAUGCACUUUUGUUAAAUGAAUUUACCUGUAAAUAGACAAUAUGAAAAAUUAAUGUUUUAAUCAUCACUAUCAAGUUGUUUUGUACAUAUUUACAAAUAUGUUUUGACUGCAGAAAGUACAAUUAGGUACUGGUAAUGGGUAUUUUAUUAAAGAAACAAAUAAAAUAAAAAGUUUUAUUUAUGCAAAUGGAUUUAUUUGUAAACAAUUCUUAUGGUUUAAACUGGAAAUCAAUUGAUGGCCAGUAAUCAUUUCAAAAUACAAGGAGAAAAUAAUCAGCAUAAAAACUGUGUCAACGUUUAAAUAACAUCAUAAUUAUCUAGCUUCAUAAAGUACAGGCAGGUGGGACAGUGUAAAUAGAUAAGUUCAAGAGCACUAGAUAUUGAAAAGUAUUUGCUAUUUGAACUUAUAUCACCAUAGUAACAACUAAUGAUAUCAGCUGUGCUGUUAGUUGUAUCAUGUGUUCCAAAUUCUUCACAAAAUGAAACUGACUUCGAACAAAAAUGUGUAAAAUAUGUACAAAUAAACUUCAAAAAAGUUUUAUUCAAGAUAAUAAAUAAAUCACAGAAAAUAAUUGUCAGAAAGUCUGUUUUCAGUGUUCUGAGUCUGAAUUCUGGAUGAUCCUGCUAAUAAUAACGCUUUCAAAUCCACACAAUGAAUUGUGAAUACUCUUUCUACAUGUGUAUAUCUUACUACAUCUAUUUUCAGUCUUAGAAGAGUGCACAAAUUUCUUAGCAUCUUUCAGAAGUUAAACACUCAUUAUUCUCUAUUGUGACUUUCUUAGAAACACUCAUUUUGUUCAGUAUAAAUGUUCCAAGUUUGUUCAAAAUACAUCUAUGUUGUGAAAAAAACUUGUAUGACUAAAUUAAGAGGUAUGAAGUUGCUGAAAUGCAUAGUUAUUAUUUCAAUAAAACGUGCAACAUUGA